AUGGACCUCUCAGGCUCUUUGCCUCCACCUUCCCCAUACACCUUCCCUAUUACGCCCAAUUUCUCUGUGCCCUCCUCCUCUCCCUCCAUCUCCCCGUCACCCAGCCUGGCUUCCACAGCUCUCUUCUGCUCCCUCCUCUCCCUCCUCUCCUUGCUGGGCAUCACAGGAAACCUGUACACUAUGGGCCUCCUUCUGAGGCGCAGGAGAAGUAGAAGACGUGGAGGAGGACCAAACUGCUGCCUAAUGAGAGUACCUGUCCCAUCAUGCCUCGCCAACUCCACCCCUUCCUCCUCCCCCAUCUCCUCUUCCUCCCCCUCCUCCUCUCUUCACCUCCAGGUGCUGAGCCUUGCGCUUGCUGAUCUGCUCUACCUUUUCACCGCUCCCUUCAUCGUGUAUGACAGCCUGGCGUCCGGCUGGGCCUUUGGUGAGCCGGGCUGCCGCCUCCUCCUGAGCCUGGACCUCCUCACCAUGCACGCCUCCAUCUUCACUCUCACCGCCAUGAGUCUGGACCGCUACCGGGCUGUGGCCCAUCCCCUGCACACCUCCUCCUCCAACUCCUCCGGCCUGCUGCGUGUCAGCUUGGCCUGGGGGCUGGCUGUGGCUCUUAGUCUGCCCAUGAUGAUCACGCUGCACCUGGAGGACGGGGAGAACCAGGAGGGCCAGCUGUGUGUGCCGGCAUGGGACGAACAGAGCUCCAAGGCCUAUCUGAGUGUGCUCUUCUGCACUAGCAUUCUUGGUCCUGGACUGGCCAUUGGAGCACUUUAUGCGACUCUAGGGCGGCUUUACUGGGUGUCUCAGACCAGGCCAGCUUGGGCCAGUGGGGGCAGUACUGCUUGUCCCCCCCGUGCCCCCAAACCCAAAGUCCUGCUCCUCAUCCUUGGUAUUGUCCUGGCCUUCUGGGCCUGCUUCCUCCCUUUUUGGAUCUGGCAGCUGCUGCCUCUCUACCAGCCCGACAUGCUGCGGACAGUACCAGUAGGGACACAGGUGACAGUGAAUCGUAUCCUCACAGGGCUGACGUAUGGAAACUCGUGUGUGAAUCCAUUCUUCUACACACUAUUGACUGGAAAACGAAAACGCAACCGGCAGGCGCUGACAUCAGCAAAUCAGCUCUGCCGUAAGAGCAGUCCGAUGCAGUAA